AUGACAUCCUCCACUAAGGUCGAACCAUCAGAUAUACCGUCCUCCAAGGCAACAGGCCAGGCAUACCUAAACUCAGCAUCUGGCAAAGCCGGUUCUGCUAUGGAUGCCCUGUCUGCAAGCGAGUCCUGGGGUGCCGGGCCUGCCAACCUCCUCCCCGUCAGAUUCACGGACGAGUCACUCAUCCAUGUCCCCGUAUUGAGACCGGAAGACAUGGAGCGCCAAUCCGCCGAACAGCAACAGCAACAGCCACGGCAACUAGCCUCCCCACCAGCAACGGAAGUUGACGGUGGCAGAAGGUUUUCGUUUUUCCGCCGCAAGUCAAGUAAACCGGGCGAGACCUUUACGAUGCGCCGGAUCCCGCGGCGCGAGUACAUGGCGCACUACGCCAAGGACGACGCGGGAAAGUACAUCGGCACAGAAGAUCCGGCCGAUGACUGUAUUCUGCGCGGUGAGGACUUGAUCAAGUACCGCAACAGAGGGGCCGUGGGGGCCUGGAAGAACACAGUCUCAAAGGCCGAGGCGGACAAAGAAGAGACGCAACACGUGUCUGCUCCUGCUUCUACGGGAGGCAAGCUGGGCAAAUUGUUCAAGGGCAAAGCCUCCAAGGACGCAGGGGAUAGUGUUAUUCACUGA